AUGGGCAGGAUCAGCAUCUCGUGCCCUCCCGCCUCGUGGCACUUCAGCCUCUCCCCCGUGGGCUGUCCCCGCGUCCUGAACGCGUCCCUGCGGCAGCUGCUGCUCCUGGGGGCGGCCGCGGCCGCGGCGGCGCUGCUGCUCUGCUCCCUGCUGGUGGUGCGGGGGAAGCACCGCGACGGGAAAUUCCACAGGUACCUGGCCAGGGUGAGGGACACGGAGGCCACGGACACCGGGAACCCCAACCUGAGCUACGGCAUCGUGGUGGAUUGUGGCAGCAGCGGCUCCAGGGUGUUCGUGUACUGCUGGCCCCGGCACAACGGCAACCCCAAGGACCUGCUGGACAUCCAGCAGAUGAGGGACAGCUCCAGGAAACCCGUGGUGAUGAAAAUCAAACCAGGAAUUUCGGAGUUUGCCGGCUCUCCCGACAAGGUCAGUGAUUACAUCUCGCCCCUGCUGAGCUUCGCUGCCGAGCACGUGCCCCGCUCCAAGCACAAGGAGACUCCUCUGUACAUCCUGUGCACUGCUGGCAUGAGGAUCCUGCCCGAGAGCCAGCAGAAAGCCAUCCUGGAGGAUCUGCUCACAGACAUCCCCGUGCACUUUGAUUUCCUCUUCUCUGACUCCCACGCUGAGGUGAUUUCUGGCAAGCAGGAAGGAGUCUAUGCAUGGAUUGGGAUCAACUUUGUCCUGGGGAGAUUCGAGCACACGGACGAUGAGGAUGAAGCUGUGGUGGAGGUCCCUGGCAGCGAGCACCACGAUCCCAUUUUCCGCAAGAGAACCGUGGGGAUCCUGGACAUGGGCGGGGUCUCCACACAGAUCGCCUACGAGGUGCCCCAAAGUGAGGAGGUGGCCAAGAGCCUGCUGGCCGAGGUGAACCUGGGCUGCGACGCGCACCAGACGGAGCACGUGUACCGCGUGUACGUGGCCACCUUCCUGGGCUUCGGCGGCAACGCCGCGCGCCGGCGCUACGAGGAGAGCCUGUUCUCCAGCAGCCUGCUCAGGAACAGGCAGGCCGGGCUGAGCCCUCAGGCCCCCAUCCCAGACCCGUGCCUGCCGCGGGACGCGCAGGACGAGCUGCGGCACCGGGGGCUGCGGCUGCAGCUGCGCGGCACCGGCGACUUCCAGCUGUGCCGGGAGCGGCUGCGGCCGCUGCUGAACCGAACCAACGGCACCGGGAGCUCCCUGAACGGCGUCUCGCAGCCCCCCCUGCACCUGCAGAGCAGCGAGUUCUACGGCUUCUCCGAGUUCUACUACUGCACCGAGGACGUGCUGCGCAUGGGCGGCGACUACAGCGCGGCCCGGUUCACCAAGGCUGCACAGGAUUAUUGUGCCACCCGCUGGUCGGUGCUGCGGGAACGCUUCGAGCGCGGCCUCUACGCGCCCCACGCGGAUCUGCACCGGCUCAAGUUCCAGUGCUUUAAGUCUGCCUGGAUGUUCGAGGUUUUCCACCGGGGCUUUUCCUUCCCGGAGAGCUACGGCAGCCUGAAGACGGCGCUGCAGGUCUACGACAAGGAGGUGCAGUGGACGCUGGGGGCCAUCCUCUACCGCACCCGCUUCCUGCCCCUCAGGGACAUCCAGCAGGAGAAUUUCCGUGGCAUCCACUCCCACUGGAGGAGCUUCUCCUUCGUCUACAACCACUACCUGUUCCUGGCCUGCUUCCUGGUGGUGCUGCUCUCCAUCCUGCUCUACCUGCUCCGCCUGCGCCGCAUCCACCGCCGGCUGCUCCCGCCCGGCGCCGCCUCCCCGCCCCUGUGGCUGCCCGAGGGGCUCCCCCCACAGAAAAUCCCAGCCUAGGGCUCCAGGUGCAGCCUUCACCCACACACACUCGCUGAAAAAAAAGCCAUUUUUGCCUCAGGGUUCCUCCUUUUUUUUGCCCCCUUUUUGGAGAAGCGGGAGUUGGGAAUUCCGGGCAGGCUUGGGAGUUCCAGGGGAGUGGGGCGAUGAGGGAAAAAUGCCAAAAAAAAAAGAGUUUGUUGGGAAUGUUGCACUUGAGGAUGUGCAGAGUUGAGUUCCCACCUUUGGGAGAGGUUGAAAUCCCAGAAUGAGUUUGGAUUUUCUCAAUUGGAAAUGGGAAAAUGGGAUUGGAAUGAGCUUGGGUUUUCCUUGCUGGAUUCCAGCAUUGCCAUCCCUGCUCUCACUUGGGAGUCUCAACAAGAAGAAGUUCCAAAAGCAGGGAAAAAAUAAACAAAAAACCCCUUUUAGGAUAUUUUGUGUGAUUUUUCCCUUCUGGAAUCACUCCUGGGAUGGAGUGAGUUCCCAUGUUUGGGAGAGGCUGAAAUCCCUUAACUGAGAUUGGAUUUUCCCAAUUGGAAAUGGGAAAAUGGGAUUGGAAUGAGCUUGGGUUUUCCUUGCUGGAUUCCAUCCCUGCUCUCACUUUGGAGUUUCAGACAACAAAAAGUUCCAAAAGCAGGAGAAAAAAUAAACAAAAAAACCCCGUUUUAGGAUAUUUUAUGUGAUUUUCCCUUUCUGGAAUCACUCCUGGGAUGGAGAAGGAAAAUCCCUCACAUCCACUGCUGUGCUUCCAUAAAAAACUGCUUCCAUCACUUCUGCUCCCUCCUUUUUUUCCUUGGAAAAGGGAGAAGGAUUUCCUCCUUUUUCACCCUCCCAAUGGCACCAGUCGCUGCUUUUAAUCCCAAAUUUCUGUUCCAUAAUGGUGGAGAGACCUCCCAGAAACUCCAGGAAUGUGAAGAGAACUGGAAAAGCAGAGGAGAACGUGCACAGGGUCUUUCCAGGUCCUCUGGUAAUUUAUAUUUUAUUUAAAACUGUUGAUUUUACUUGAAAGUCAGUUUGUCCAUGAUUAAAAGUGGGAUUUCUAUGAA